GGGGACCCUGGGAGGCUUCUGGAGAAAGAGGGGGACCAGCCUGAGAGAGUCCAGCCCAUCGCUGCUGCCACCCUGGUGCACUCCGACCUGACGUCCGUUUAUGGCACUGUGGUGAUGAACAGGACAGUGCUAUUCUUGGGGACUGGAGACGGCCAGCUGCUUAAGGUUGUUCUUGGAGAGAAUCUGACUUCCAAUUGUCCGGAGGUUAUCUAUGAAAUUAAGGAGGAAACACCUGUUUUCUACAAACUCGUUCCUGACCCAGUGAAAAACAUCUACAUCUAUCUAACGGCUGGGAAGGAGGUGAGGAGAGUUCGCGUUGCAAACUGCAGCAAACACAAAUCCUGUUUGGAGUGCUUAGCCGCCACAGACCCCCACUGCGGGUGGUGCCACUCACUGCAGAGGUGCACUUUUCAAGGAGAUUGUGUACAGUUAGAGAACAUAGAAAACUGGCUCGAUAUUUCAUCUGGAGUGAAAAAGUGCCCUCAAAUUCAGAUCAUUCGAAGCAGCAGAGACAAGACUACAGUGACCCUGUGGGGAGGCGUCCCUCCGAGAUACUCACAGUGCACAGUGAGGAACGUGGACACCCACAGGGACCUCUGCCGGGGUCGGAGUCCUCCGAACCAGACCUGCGCCUGUAAUAUCCCGACCAGAGCAAGCCACAGAGAUGCCUUAGUUGUCAAUGUGACGUUCUCCUUCGGUUCCUGGAAUUUUUCAGACAGACUCAACUUUACCGACUGCUCAUCAUUAAGAGAAUGCCCAGUGUGUGUUGGAACUGGCUGUGCCUGGUGCAGACGUGAGCAGAAGUGCAUCCACCCCUUCACAGCCUGUGAUCCUGCUGACUAUCAGAGAAACCAGGAACAAUGUCCGGUGGCUGCUGAGAAGUCACCCAAGACGCCUGGAGGGGGACGAUCCCAGGAGAACAAGGGUAACAGGACCAGCCAGGGUGCACAGGUCUUCUACAUUAAGUCCAUCGAGCCUCAGAAAAUAUCGACCUUGGGGAAAAAUAAUGUGAUCGUUACGGGAGCAAACUUUACCCUGGCGUCAGACAUUACGAUGAUCCUGAAAGGAACCAGUACUUGUGAGAAGGAUGUGAUCCGGGUCAGCCACGUACUGAACGACACGCACAUGAAGUUCUCUCUUCCAUCCAGCCGGAAGGAGAUGAAGACUGUGUGCGUCCAGUUUGACAGUGGCAAUUGCUCUGCUGUGGGGCCUGUGUCCUACAUUGCCCUGCCUCACUGUGCCCUCAUCGUCCCUGCCAGCACCUGGAUCAGUGGUGGUCAAAAUAUAACCGUCAUGGGCAGAAAUUUCGACGUAAUUGACAACUUGAUCAUUUCCCAUGAGUUAAAAGGAAACAUCAAUGUCUCUGAAUAUUGUGUGGCAACCUACUGCAGGUUUUUGGCCCCCAAUUUAAAGAGUUCAAAAGCACGCACGAAUGUCACUGUGAAACUGCGCGUACAAGACACCUUUCUGGACUGUGGGACCUUGCAGUACCUGGAGGACCCCCGAUUCACAGGGUAUCGGGUGGAAUCUGAGGUCGACACAGAACUAGAAGUCAAGAUUCAAAAAGAAAAUGAUAAUUUCAACAUCUCCAAGAAAGACAUUGAAAUCACUCUUUUCCAUGGAGAAAAUGGGCAAUUAAAUUGCAGUUUUGAAAAUAUCACUAGAAACCAAGAUCUCACCACCAUCUUUUGCAAAAUUAAAGGCAUUAAGAUGGCAAGCACCAUCGCCAACUCAUCGAAGAAAGUUCGUGUGAGGCUCGGGAACCUGGAGCUCUUCGUGGAGCAGGAGUCCGCCCCCUCCACCUGGUAUUUCCUGAUCGUGCUGCCCGUCCUGUUGGUGGUCGUCAUUUUUGCGGCCGUGGGGGUGACCAGACACAAGUCCAGGGAGCUGAGUCGCAAGCAGAGCCAGCAACUGGAGCUCCUGGAGAGUGAGUUGCGCAAGGAGAUUCGGGACGGCUUUGCCGAGCUGCAGAUGGAUAAAUUGGACGUGGUUGAUAGUUUUGGAACCGUUCCCUUCCUAGACUACAAGCAUUUUGCGCUGAGAACUUUCUUCCCUGAGUCAGGUGGCUUCACACACAUCUUCACUGAAGACAUGCAUAACAGAGAUGCCAAUGACAAGAAUGAAAGUCUCACAGCUUUGGAUGCCCUGAUCUGUAAUAAGAGUUUCCUAGUCACUGUCAUCCACACCCUUGAGAAACAGAAGAACUUUUCCGUGAAGGACAGGUGCCUGUUCGCCUCCUUCCUGACCAUCGCACUGCAGACCAAGCUGGGGUACCUGACCAGCAUCCUGGAGGUGCUGACACGGGAUCUGAUGGAGCAGAGCAGCAAUUUGCAGCCCAAGUUGAUGCUGCGGCGCACCGAGUCAGUGGUGGAGAAGCUGCUCACCAACUGGAUGUCUGUGUGCCUCUCGGGCUUCCUGCGGACGGUGGGUGAGCCCUUCUACCUGCUGGUGACCACGCUCAACCAGAAGAUCAACAAGGGUCCCGUGGACGUGAUCACCUGCAAGGCCCUGUAUACCCUCAAUGAAGACUGGCUGCUCUGGCAGGUCCCAGAGUUCAGUGCCGUGGCAUUAAACGUUGUCUUUGAAAAAAUCCCAGAAAACGAGAGCGCAGAUGUCUGUCGGAAUAUCUCCGUCAACGUCCUUGACUGUGAUACCAUAGGCCAAGCCAAAGAAAAGAUUUUCCAAGCAUUCUUGAGCAAAAAUGGCUCUCCAUAUGGACUUCAACUCCACGAAAUCGGUCUUGAGCUGCAGGUGGGCACGAGGCAGAAGGAGCUGCUGGACAUUGAUGGCUCGUCUGUCAUCCUGGAGGAUGGCAUCACCAAGCUCAACACCGUGGGCCACUACGAGAUAUCAAACGGAUCCACUAUAAAAGUCUUUAAGAAGAUUGCCAACUUCACAUCAGAUGUGGAGUACUCGGACGAUCACUGCCACUUGAUCCUGCCAGAUUCCGAAGCCUUCCAAGAUGUGCAGGGAAAGAGACAUCGAGGGAAGCACAAGUUCAAAGUGAAGGAAAUGUACCUGACAAAGCUGCUGUCCACCAAGGUGGCAAUUCACUCUGUGCUUGAGAAGCUUUUCAGGAGCAUUUGGAGUCUACCCAACAGCAGAGCCCCGUUUGCCAUAAAAUACUUUUUUGACUUUUUGGAUGCCCAGGCUGAAAACAAAAAGAUCACAGAUCCUGAUGUCGUGCAUAUUUGGAAAACAAACAGCCUUCCUCUUCGCUUCUGGGUAAACAUCCUGAAGAACCCGCAGUUUGUCUUUGACAUUAAGAAGACACCCCACAUAGACGGCUGCUUGUCAGUGAUUGCCCAGGCGUUCAUGGAUGCGUUCUCCCUGACGGAGCAGCAACUGGGGAAGGAAGCACCAACAAACAAACUCCUCUAUGCCAAGGAUAUCCCAACCUACAAAGAAGAAGUAAAAUCUUAUUACAAAGCAAUCAGGGACUUGCCUCCAUUGUCAUCUUCAGAAAUGGAAGAAUUUCUAACUCAGGAAUCGAAGAAACAUGAAAAUGAAUUUAAUGAAGAAGUGGCCUUGACAGAAAUCUACAAAUACAUCGUCAAAUAUUUUGAUGAGAUUCUAAAUAAACUAGAGCGAGAACGAGGGCUGGAAGAAGCUCAGAAGCAGCUCUUACAUGUCAGAGUCUUGUUUGACGAAAAGAAGAAGUGCAAGUGGAUGUGAGUGCCGGGCCGGCUCAGCCUGGCAGAGUUCUUCAGACGGCGGGGGCAGGAUGGCUGCCUCGGCCUCUCUGUGUCGUGACCUUCUUGUUUGCACAUAGGCUCCACUUUGCGCACUGUCUUUAAGAGACCAAGGCGCGCACACGGCCUUUAGAAAGCGCACCGACCGCUGUGCCUGCUUGUGCCGCGGUAACCCUUCUGUAAAUAGAGCCGAAGUGGUUGUUGCAAACAGCCUCCUUGUUUACAGAGAAUACAGGGCCAGUAAGCAAGUGUCAGUAUUGUAACCUGUCUCCACUUAAGCACAAUGAGAGGUGGUAUAGUUUGAAAACUAAAGCUAUGUAGCACUUGGGACUCUGUGCACCUCUGCAGUCCAGGGGUACUGCCAUGCUCAAAACAAAAUGUGAAGUGAGUCAUUUGGAAACAAGUGGGGAGGGGGGUGUCGGAGCCACUUCGAGGAUCUGCACCUUUGAACCUCUCCCCAGUAGUUCUUGAAAAAGCUGACCGCAGAAUUUGGUAGUGUGUACACUUAGCAUUUGUGAGUGUGUGUGUGUGUUUAAACCAAAAACUAACAGUGUUGCAACAUUGUUGAAAGGGCUCGUGUUUCAGUGGUCACCACCUGCACUCCAUCCCGCUUCCCUCCAUCUCACCAGGGGCGCUAGCAGGGCAUGGGCGGCCUUCCCUAUAUGGACAGCAUUUGACCCAGAUGCGUCACCUGAUGUAUGCUCCUUUUCUUUCCAUUUGUUUAAUACUAAGUGUAUCUGAUAGUGGACAUUUUGGAUAUUAUACAAAAAAGUCAUGAUUUCUGCUUCCAAGCCUUGGAUCAGAACCAUCUGUGGAUGAGUCGCUCACUCCCCUGCCCGUGUUUCUACACUUGUGUCUCCUUGCUUUAGAUUUCUGGUGAAUCCUGUGGUUAUAAAUACUUGUAUGUGAUUUGAAAAAAAAGAUACAUCUUACAUUUCAUCAAAUUGCUGUUCACACUGGAGUAUUAUAUAUAAAUAUAUAUACUUGAGGCCCAAGGCCUGACAAAUACUAGUAUACAACUUGGUAUCUUCGUCUUACUAUGUACUUUUUGAAAGUAUUCCUCACAGGAGAAAGAAUUUAAAAUACUCAUUUUAUUCAUGCCUUUCUUUUUAAAGAAUUCUUUAUCGUUAUACUGUAGUCUUUCUAUUGCUGAUUUUUUUAUUCCUGAAUUUUUGCUGCUCAUGACCAAUUUUAAUACCACUGUGUUUUCCUUCUAUUAAACCAGAGAAGUCAAAGCAUGAUUGGCGCCUCUCAGCCUGCCUUGUGGCGAGUACCUGUUACCGUGGUGCUCCAAGUCCUGGUCUAGGAAAGAAAACAAAACUGAUCACACAUUCCCCAAAUCACUUACCAACAUUGUCUGGAGCGUCAGGUCAAUUUAAUUGUGACUCUGUCUCGAAGAAAUGCCAUCUUCUUUGCUCCUUCACACGUGGUAGAGAGAGGUGACCCUCAACAAGCUGAUCAGAGAAACAAGCUGUUACCGCCCUGACAGGCAUCUUCCCACUGUCUGCCCAGUGGACACUCCUCAAAAACCUACCAGAUGGAUGGGUGACGUGUCAGUCCCCAGGCGAGAGGCCUGGUCCCCAGCCAAGGCGGCCACAGCCUUCAGAGGUGAGCGAGAGGAGGUUGAGAGCCAGGGUAGGAGACUUGCCCGACUUCCCGCAGCAGGGUCCCGAGCACACAGAGGUCAGCUUCAGCUCGAUCUAAGGAUUCGUUCACUGCUCCAUGAGGGUUUCCCUGUCCAGCUUCCUGGCGCCUGAGUCCUCCAUGGAGAGGCCCCUCCUCUCCCAGAGACCUUGCCGCUGGGAACUUCGGGCAAGUCACUUACCUUUUUGUGCCUCGAUUUCUGAAUACUAUUUCUAAGCUACCUCACCGAGGUGGUGUGAAGAUUCACUCCUGUAUGUAGUGUGUCUGUCAAUCCUCCAGUGAGAGUGCUAUCUGGAUCACAGUCCGGAUCACAGUAGCCAAACGCAGGGAGGGCCAAGUGAGCCGUGGGCUGCAGACAAUCAGUCACGGGUCUAGAAUCGACACAACUGAGAAACAGAUGGCAAACAACUUCUAUUUCAAGUUCCUUUGCAUAUUUUUUUGGUGCGAAACAAUUCACUUAUAAACAUUUUUUUCCUAACACUAGUGUCUACAGCAGCAUUUAAAAAUUAAUUGUUACCUUUUCCAUAUUAGGAUUUAAAGUCUAUUUCUUAUUGUAUACCUGAUUGAAGCUGUUCUUGGAGAUGAAUGUUUUAAAUGUCUAUAUCCAAAAAUAAACAUUUUGAUGUAA